AUGCGACUCAAUUGCACGUCGCCAGCAAUCGACUCCCUCAUUGCCCAAGUCGAGAGGCACUGCCGCCUGUCGGAACGAUGUCCAAGAUGGUCGAGGCAAGAUGGGCCAGGCAAGAUGGGCCAGGCAAGAUGGGCCAGGCAAGAUGGGCCAGGCAAGAUGCAAGAUGGGCGAGGCAAGAUGCACGAUGCAAGGGGAUCUUCAACCUCGUCGCCGCCGCAGUCGUGGGAGUCGUCGGAGGAGCGACAUGACAGCAGCCCCACCGGUGGGCCCUACCGCGUCACCCCAUCAUCCGCUACCGAGAUGGCUGCGGGCCCACGGAGGAAUAUUUUUGGAUACGAAUCUCGGCCUCGUCACGUUCCUGUGGACGGCGGAGAGCCAGGAAUUGCGUCGAGGGAGCGGAUGGCCGUCGUUGACGCACAUGAGGUUGGCCGCGCACGAGCGGUUGGCCACGUGAAGGCGCUGGCCAGCGUGACCAUGUCCGAUAUGCAAAGGAACAGCUUCCUCGCAGGAGAAUGCUUCGUCACCCCUGCGAGCCCUCGUUCGUGGAUGGCAGGGGCAGCACUGCAGCAGGUUACGCUGCGUACAUGGAAAUCUCCGAUGCACCUUGGGCGGUUGGGGAUACAUGGCCGCUCAAACAUUCCAGCAGCACCGCCCUACGCAGGAAGCAGGCGUGGCAGUCAUGAUAUUGCUGCCGACCGAAGCAGAACGAGGCGGGAGAGCGAUCAUGGCCUUGUCCAAGGCGCGGUGACGCUGGGCUGGUACGACGACAACCUCCCGCUACGACGAGAUUCGGACUCAUUCGACGCUACUCCGUACAGAAUUUCACCGUUGCGGCAACAUGUACGAUGGCUGUACAAGGAAAUAGGAGCAGGCGACAAAGUCCAACGGGCAAGAGGCCCAACGACGCCUGUACGCAGCAAGCAGUAA